CAGCAGACGCGGCGGCCGCCGCUGCCCGAUCGCGGCCCGUUCUCUGACGCCGAGGGGCGGCGGCCGACGCCGCGCACCGGACGCCAAAAGCGCGCGAGCGAGUCGGACGCGUCGCGGCGACGCACCGCCUCGUUCACAGGCGGCGCCAGGAGCGCGUCGCGCGGCGGCGCCACCAGCGAGUCGGACGGCGAGCGCUCGCGCCGGCCGUACCACUACCACCAGGUGCCGGGCACGCGCCGCUACAGACAUGACUCGGGCGCCGAGGCGAGCGACAGCGAGGUGGCCAAGUUCAACCGCUUCAACUACAUCAGCAAGGUGAUGGGCUCGAGUGGACGGCUAGCGCGCCGCGACGACUCGGAGACUGGCAGCGAGGCGGACGAGUCGGCGGUCUGGGAGCCGCCGCACUUCACCAUUCCCGACCACCUCAUCCCGGCAGAGUUCUUCAUCCCGUUCGUGCGCACGCCUCGUCCCGGCGAGGAGUCGAAGAACGCGUCCAUCAUCACCGUGUUCGCCAUCUGGAACACGAUGAUGGGCACCAGCAUCCUGUCGAUGCCCUGGUUGGUGGAGCAGUCCGGCUUCAUCUCCUCCAUGCUGACGUUCGUGGCGAUGGGACUGGUCUGCGUGUUCACUGCGUACCGCGUGCUAACGAUGCAGGCGCGCCUGCGCAUCCCGCCGCCCACGCACGACUUCCAAAACAUCAUGCGCGACGUCCUCUCCAAGCACUGGGAGUACUUCGGCAUUCUCUUUUCAGUCGCCGUACUGCUGGGCGCCAUGCUCGUGUACUGGGUGCUUAUGACCAACUUCCUGUACCGCACGGUGGACUUCUUCUAUGAUCUGGCAAUUGGGAACUUUAGCAAGUAUGAUGUGAAUGCAACAGUGAUCCACGGCGCGUACUGCCCGGAAAACGUUGUGGUGGAGGUUCUGGAGGCCGCUACCAGUGCUGUCGGCGAGGAGAGCUUUUACGACAAGAUGUGGAAUGCUCAAACCACGCCGCUCUUCCUGGUGCUGCUGUUAUAUCCGCUACUCAACAUCAAAAGUCCCACGUUCUUCACCAAGUUCACCGGCAUGGGCACCAUAUCGGUGCUGUACAUGAUCAUCUUCGUCACCACCAAGUCCGUACAGUUCGGCAUCAACGUCAGCUUCACGGACGUCGCAGCUCAAGACUACGUCCAGCUGUUCCGGCCGAACUUCCCGGUAGCCAUGGGCACGCUCUCCCUCGCCAUGUUCAUCCACAACUGUAUCUGCAGAAUCAUGGAGAGCAACCAGCACCAGGAAAACAAUGUUCGCGACCUCUUCAUCGCCUAUUUCCUGGUGUUCCUUACGUACCUAUAUAUUGGCCUCCUGUUCUUCGUGGCGUGGCCGUUCGCCAAAUCCUGCAUCCAAGACAACUUCCUGGACAACUUCCUCGGCACGGACCCGAUGUCAAUCGGUGCGCGGAUCUUCCUCUUCUUCCAGAUGUGCACCGUGUUUCCGCUGCUGGGGUUCAUGAUCCGCGCCCAGCUGAUGACAUUCAUCUACAGCACGACCUACCCGGGGCCGGGCCGCGUGUUGGCGCUCAACACCGCCGUGGUGAUCGCCUGUGUAGCCGUGGCGGUCUUCUACCCGCACAUCGGCGAGCUGCUGCGCUUCUCGGGCGCCUUCUGUGGCAUGGCGUGGAUCUUCACCUUCCCGUGCGUGACGUACCUGGUGGGCACGUACCGGCGCGGAAGACUGCGCUGGCCGGCCGCGCUCCUCCACUCGGGCCUCGUCGUGCUCGGCGUCGUCAACCUCAUCCUGCAGUUUGUCGUCAAGACGGACUGACGACGGCUGAUGCGUAGGACGUCGUGGAGACUGGCCGGUGUCGUUGGUGCGCGACAGUUCUCCGGGACCUCGGCCGUGUCGCUGCCGCUGACCUCACGCUGCCUGAGGACCUUCGUCGGGGCCAGCGACCUGAUUGGAGGAUUUCAGAGGCUGGUAUUGACUUGCAA